CAUAUAUCUAUAUAUUAUGUUAUAUAACUUCUCAUUAUUAUGUACCACACGUGCCGAUUUCACAUCAGACCCAAAAGGUCAUUACAGCAUCUUGCGAAAGCAGACAACUUGCAAUUCUGUUCACAGUUGACCUCAAACACGAGGCCAACCACUAAGAGAAACUUAACGUUUUGGCAACUACCGUGCGAAUCUCACAUCGAAGCUAGCCAAUUUCGACCAUGCGAAGGCUGCACUCUCAUGCCUCUACCCUUCCUCCACCGUUGACAUAAGCGGAUGCCAUGGACGAGCGAGGUCAUCCAUACGCGGACUUUCGAUAAUUGCGAGGAUUCCCACGGCCAUUCAGCGAGCGGACCAACAUAUAAGGGAGAACUUCAGUCAUAGCAGGGCAGAUGUGCUGGGACCACCAUACACUACACUUGAAGUUUCUACCUAUCAUCUUCUUUUGAAGUCUUAAGCGGCUUAUAAUUGUCUUAAUCAUCAUAUUUUUGAAGCAUACUGAACUUAUGCUAUUAACUGUUUGUCGUUGUACAUGUUUUAUAAGUAUAUUAAAUUAAAUGUUUGUGAUUUACUCUGAAGUUAUUCUAUUAAAUAUCUAAAAACCUAUCACCACGAUUGUAACAACACUCAAACAGCCUGCAAUACAUACAUACAGGGCUACAGGGUUGCUACAUUGGCGCAGUCGGUAGGAUCGUUCAAAGACGGUAACGACAUCAAGUCCAACUGAUUUCAACUGGAAGGGACAAGUUAAUUGAAGCACUUCGUUGAAAUCGACGUUUUUGGAAGAACCAUUCAAAUAUGAACGCUCUUUUGGUCAUAGGAAUGUGUAUACUUCGAACAGUCUGCGCGGAUUUUCGGUACCACGUUGACACAUUAUCCGAUACCCAAAGCGGGUUAUACUAUGAAAAACUUGAUUCUCUUAAGGUUCAAACCAAGGAAGUUACUCUAUUGACUUAUUUAGACUUAAGUCAGUACAAUCAGAAUGCCCAACUACUAGAGGCAAGGGUUAAUGCAUCAUACGAAUAUUGUGAACACUUUACUAAAUCAUUUUCCCCUCAAUUAGCAUCAAUUAAUGAAAGCUAUAUUAAUUCUAUUCACGAUCAUUGUGUAACUUUAAACACACAAGCAAGGGUUUCUUUAUCUAGCAUUGUAAAUAAAACUGAUUUAAUCUUCAGAACUAUUGAACCUAGUCGUUCAAAGCGGGGAAUUCCUUUUAAAUUAUUAAGCAAGGCAGCUCGCCUACUAUUCGGAUUAUGCAGUGAGCUAUGUAUACAAAAUUCAGAUAAAAUAAUAGACAAGGCAUUAUCAGGUGAACAUUCGGUUCUACCAAUUCUAACAAAGGUCCUUGGCCUUCCUAACAUUACUUCUAAGCAGCCGUCUGUCGAUACUUUGGAAAUGAUAUCCGCAUAUGACCAAAAUAACACAAUAGGAGAUUUGGAUCGCGUUCGAAUAGACAACGCUUUAGCUCUAAACGCAUUACUUAAUCAAUUUUCACUAGAAGCGAACACUCUUUUUGAAAUACUCCAAAGCGCUAGGUUAGGUUAUAUACACCCUAGUCUGAUUAAUGACGAGGCAAUUCUAGAACAACUUAAGUCCAUUACAGAUCAAUUUGAUCCAAACACCGAAUUACCUUACGCCUUAUCACUACGAAAUAUACCUAAAUUACUAAAGGUAUCCAAACUAGCUAUAUAUUAUUCUAACGACCGAGUUGUACUAAAAAUAGGAAUUCCGUUAACAUAUGAUGAAACCUUAGAUGUAUUUCAUAUAUUACCUCAUCCUGUUUGUAUUAACCAUAAUUGUGUUUUUAUCAAGCCCAAAUUCCAUUACAUAGCUAUGACAGCCUCACGAAAGCUAUAUUCCACUUUCGAAAGAAUUGAUCAAGUAGAAUGCCAACAAACCGACGAAUUUAGAUUAUGUCCGGAAAUUUAUCCAUUACAUCUAACCUCAAAUAAACCCUUAUGCGAAGCCUUAUUAUUCCAAGAGUUAGACACAGCACCAGCUGUCUGUGAUAUAACAUUCAACCAAUUAGGUACUACGGUGUUCUAUAAGUUAACACAUCAAAAUAAAUGGUAUUUCAUUUCAAACGGGGAGUCAAUACUUAUUACCUGCAGUAACAGCACCAACAAGUCCCUAGCACUCAUUGAUAUAAUGGGUACUGGUAUUUUAACUCUUAACGAAACUUGCAAGGCUUAUGGUGCCGAUCAUGUAUUAAUUCCAAGCACUCCAACUAACGAACAAGAUAACUAUGGUAACUACAUAGCAAAUGUAACAAUAAAAGAAGCAAGCAUUUUGACUUCUGCUUUAGCUGAUCAAAUCCUUGAUCCUUUUCAAUCACCAAUAAGGUCCAUAACUGAUUUUUUAAAUACGGGAAAAACCCUCUCUCAGUUGCAGCUUCAACAAAAUCUGUUGCAAGCACCAAACAAACAUUUUUAUUAUAACUAUAUCUUAUUUAUAAUAUGUUCAAUUAAUUUACUAAUGAUACUUGCCAUAAUUUAUCUACAUGACAUUAACCAUCGGAAUUCUUUACGUCAACCGCGACGUCAAAUUGUAUAUACUCCAGGAGAGGAAGAAGGAGUAGAAUUAAGAGGAGUAAAUUAA